AUGGCCGCCCGGCGCCUCGACAGCCCCACCGCUGUCUCACCAUCAUCUUCCUCCUGUGGACGUCAACGAUCCUCCAUGACACCUAAUCCGCCUUCCACAGCGCGAAUUGUUCCACCAACGGAGCAGAACCAGUUCCUCGCCACUCUGUUCUCUUACUUCCCCCUCCCGCCACCAGCGCCAACACCGCUUGACCGCGUGCUUUUCAUCCCGUAUUGCGUCCUGGCCAUCUACUUCCUCGACAUCCAGCUCAUCGUGGGAGGACUUACGCUCGUCAUGCUUCUCAUGGCGGGGUUGUAUUUUGCGUGGAUGUCGUAUUGUCAUGUGAAGGGAUUUGUGGUGAUGGGUUAUGAGGGUGCGAUGGAGUGCUAUAGGUGGGAAAGCUUUUGGGAAAGAGAAGAGGGCUGA